AUGGAUUCUCUACCCUUGGUCCUUUUAGUUUGCAGAUCAGCCUUCAAAGCUGAUCUGCAGUCCACACCGGCAGAGUUGACUUUCGGUCGCACAUUGUGUUUUCCAGGAGAAAUGGUGGAACUGACUCUAUCAACCGACUUCAACUACGGUGACUACGCAGCUCGUUUAUUACAUCGUAUGCGGCAGUUGCAUACUCAACCACCUCGCCAGCAAACACCCCUGGCCUACCUCCCCCCAGCUUAG